GUGACGGCGGCAGCUAUGACCUCCCUUGUGAAGAAAAUAAUCAGCACUGCUAAGGCCCCCGCUGCACUGGGACCCUACAGCCAAGCAGUGCUGGUGGACCGGACGAUGUACAUUGCAGGACAGAUAGGUAUGGAACCUUCUACUGGGCAGCUUGUCUCUGGAGGGGCAAAGGAAGAAGCUAAGCAGGCUUUAAAAAACAUGGGAGAAAUCCUGAAAGCUGCAGGCUGUGACUAUGGCAAUGUUGUGAAGACCACAGUGUUGAUGGCAGACAUGAAGGACUUCAAUGAUAUUAAUGAUGUCUACAAACAAUUUUUCAAGGCAAACUUCCCAGCCAGAGCAGCCUAUCAGGUUGCUGCUUUGCCCAAAGGUGCCCAAGUGGAGAUUGAAGCUAUUGCCAUACAGGGACCCCUCCAAGAUGCUUCAGCCUGACUAUAAACAGAGACUGAACAUCCUCUACCAGCAGGGUUGGAUAUCAUCCUUCUCCCUUACAUCCUACCCCUACAAUUGCCUAUCAGUAGUUCCAAACAGUUGUAGUCAGGGAAUUAGCCAGGGAAAGGCUCUUGGUUGGAUUCUCUACAACAAGAGCUUGCAGUGAGUUCUCUGCUGGCAGACCCUGAAACCUCUGGGAGUUGUGCAGCCAUGAGCUGAGCUUGAUGGCAGGCCCAGGUCCUUCCUUUGAGAUGGGGACUGAAUCUUCAGCUGCUGAAGCAGAUGCUUGGGUCAGUGUCUGACAGUGACACUGGGGCUGAUCUGGACAAGGGAAACUGAUGAUUUGUAGUGGGAGGGGCUUAGUGACACCUUAGAUAAAAUGACAGGGAUGGAAGCACAGAACACUGCAAUUGCUAAGCAGGUUUCACUGCUGGUUGGGGUAGCUGCUGGACUGCCUGAAACUCUUCCUUCACAGAACAGAUUACUCUUAAAACUCUUGUUUUUUCUCUCUCCUCUGGAAGCAAUUGCUUACAAAAGGUUAAUAUUAAUUCCAGGCAGAAGAAAAUACUGAUUUUCUGCUUUGUGAAUCAGCUGUAAAUUGAUCUCCAACGUUUUCCAUUACCUUUUUCAUAGCAGUUCAGCUUUAACUAUCUUGUUAAUCUGAAACAAAACAAAAAACCCU